AUGACCUCAAUCGACACCCUCCUCGCCCUCUCCACCGAACUCGCCAAGCUCGGCACCGAGCUCUCAGAAGUCGGCGGCAAGCUGACACAAGCGGCCGCGACGCUGCAGCAAGAAGCUGCCAAUAUCGCAGAGGAGAUGUCGAGGCAAUGGGGCGUCGAUGUUAGUGUGAAUGUGGGGGUGAGGCCGGGGAGGUAUGGGGGUAAUGGGGCGAGUGAGGUUGUUGUUAAGAAAUAG